AUUUUGAAGAAAUGGAUGAUAAAAAAUAUAAAAAUUUUAUGCUUAAUGUUGUAAAAUGUUUGUUGGAUGAAGAUGUUGUAGCAAUUAAGUAUUAUUAUUCAGAAAAAAUUGGUGAUGGUGUUCUUGAAAAGAUUAAAACUCCUAUUGAAUUAAUUCAAACUUUAGAACGUCAUCGUAUUCUUGCCAAAGAUAACUACAAUAAGUUUGUAAAAUUACUUAACAACAUUGGUAGACAAGACCUGGCUAAUAAUUUUUCUGAAAUAAAUGCUGCAAAUAUUAAUGUGUCAUAUGAGGAAUUGAGUUCAGAAAUUAUUGAUGAGGUUGCUUAUCAAAUUGGUAGUGAAUGGCGUAGAUUUGGACGUCAUCUUAAUUUGAAAGACGUUGAUUUAGAACAUAUUGAUGUUGAUUAUAAAAAAACUCAUGACAAAGCUCUUCAGCUUUUAAAACUUUGGAAGCAGAAGUCAAAAGAAGGUUGUCUUACUUGGUCCCAAUUAAAAAAACAACUUGAGCUGUUUGAGCGUUUUGACAUAAUAAGAGAAUUAAAAAAAAAAUUUAAACAACUGAGAGACGAUGAACAAGUUGCGAUUGCACCUAAUGAUGUUAUAGAUAAUUUAAAUAUGGUGGAGUUUAUUAGUGAUAUUGAUAACUUUAAGUUAAAACCAAUAAAAGUGUUAGGGAGUUGUGCAUUUGGGAAGGUCUACCUCUGCAUAAAUGAAAGAACAGGGAAAAAGCUGGCUAUGAAAUCUAUUGACACAGGAAACACUGACAAUAAUGCUAAUGCAAAAAAAGAAGUAGAAAAAUUUAAACAUGAAAUUUCACUUUUUCAAACAUUAAAGCAUGAACAAAUUGUGAAAUAUUAUGGUUCUUCUUCGAAGACCACAUGUGUUUCUUUUUUAAUGGAAUACAUGGAAGGAGGAUCUCUUUACGAUAAAGUAUCAAAUAAAGGAGCUCUAGAUGAGAAGACAGCAUCAGAAAAAUCUUAUCAAAUUCUUUGUGGAUUGGAAUACUUACACAAUAAAAAUAUUGUACACAGGGAUAUUAAAUGUGCCAAUAUAUUGUUAGAUUUAUAUGGGAACUGUAAACUUGCUGAUUUUGGUAUAUCAAAACAGAUACAAACAAUUCGUUCACAAGCAGGAUGUAAAACAUCAGCUGGAACACCUUACUGGAUGAGUCCUGAAGUUAUUAGUGCAACUUUUCUAAAUAUUGAAUAUGGAAAAAAAGCUGAUAUAUGGUCAUUCGGAUGUACUGUGCUUGAAAUGCUAACAACAAAGCCGCCAUGGUCUCAUUUAGAUCCUACGCCAGCUAUGUUCCAAAUUGUUUCUAGUCCAACCAUACCCCAUCUGCCUGAUAACUCAUCUAAUUCAUGCAUAACAUUUGUGAAUGAUUGUUUUCAACGUGACCCGAAAAUACGACCAAAUGCAUUGCAGCUGUUGUCUUAUGAUUGGGUCAAAAGAAGUGCAUAAUUCAGUGAUAAUAAGAUUUGUGACAGCGAAUUGCAUCAUUUGAAUAGAAUCAAAAGUUUUUCAAGUUAUUAUCGAUGCAUUUCGCUAUUAUCGAUACAUUUCGCUAUUAAGUAACGAUACUUAUGUUGCGCAAUAAAAAUUAUUUGCACAGCGAUAUCAGGAAAUUAAUGCAAAAAGUUAUUCAACUUUAGAUUGAAAGAUGAAAAUCAAAUUUACAACACUGUAGAAGACCCUUUUGAGCUGAAUUAUAAGAAUCGAAUUUAAAACUCUAUAUUAAAUAAAAAAUAAAAUAAAUUAUUUUGUACACGCUUAAGUAACGUAGUGACGUCAUAAAAUAUAUUUUCUAAUAUCAAGUUUAGUAACUCAAAGCUAUGAAAGCAAGAGAACAUAUAUUUUUUAAUCAAUUUUACAAUUAAAAGAAUAUUUUAUAUU